GCUAAAACUCGCUAAAUACCGCCACACAAGACGAUGGCCAUCGAGUAUCGCAUGAGAUGCAAGCUCGAGUGUUUAACGCCAGAUCCGCAUUGCCACAAGGUUGCCAGCCUUACUAUGGUUUGUUCCUCGCCCACCGGUUUCGAGGGAGAAACAUGGCUGGGUUGUUUGUUGGGACCGGGCACGCCUCGAGUCUAAGAUAUGACCAGGCCUGAUGUUACCAUGGAGAUUGCCCGCUCGGUAGGCCCUUCUAUCAAUGUCGAAGAAGGAUGUCUUCUGAAAGGUUACGUCGACAUUGAAAUCGUGCCUACACAGAAUGAUGAAGCUCAUACUUGUCAAUCCUGUCGUCAGGGAAAAUAUGGAGUAAAGCCACGACGGUCAUCACACCGGUGCUCGCUAGCCUUACGAGCUACGUGGAUUAAGGGAGGAAUGGACAAUAAGCGCGCCCAUUAUUAUAAGCACGCCGGUGCAGGUAUCGUUAAAGUUCCAACUGCAAGGAUAUGGUUGGAUACAGUAGAACACAACAUCUGGGUGAUGUCUGCACCGUAAGCUGGGUUCCAGCCUGGUACGCGGAAUUAAGCGGAAGAGGACAGGAAUUGGACUGAACUUUCCCUAUG